AUGUUUUCAUUGCCCGGAAUAAUAAAAUGUUAUCCUGUUGAGAAUAAGGGUCUACAGAGUAAUUCUGAUUUUAAAGAUGAGAAACGGUAUCCUAAUGGAACUGUGGUAGGGAAGUAUUCAUAUACUGAUCGUGAAGGAAAUCCUAUUCAAGUCAAAUAUUAUGCAGAUGAUUCAAGCUACGGUAUUGAAUUAAAAAGUAUUAAAAUAGUAGAGCCUAUUGAAGACAUACCUCAAACAGCUAAAGAGGCAAAUCUUGAAUAUUUCUUGCAAAAUACUGCUUCACCGAUAGAUGAAUCAAAGGAUUCUUUCUUUAAUCUAAAAUAUAAAACCAAAGAUCCAUUAGAAAUUCUUAAUAAAGAAAUUAAAACAAAUCGUUUCAAGGAACACAGCACAAUCUCUGACUAUGAAAUAUUUGUAGAAAACGAUUUAAAAGCUCCAAAAAAGUGUGGCAAAGACAAAGUUAGAAUCUAUUUUGACAAAAAUAAAAGAAAAAUACGCGAAGCAAGGAACAAUGAAAAAAUUGCAAAAUACUGUGAGCUAUUUUGA